AAGGGCAAGACCAUUAUGCAGUGUCCGGGGAAAAGAGAGGCAGUAUAUAAGGUGUGGCUCGCUGUUGACAGAAGUCGUACUGGACGCCUGUGCAAGUGCAGCAACUAUGGUGAGACUCCACCCCGAUACUGCGGUGACUUUAUGUUUUAUAGUAAGUUCUCGCUGUUGAUGUUGGUGGUGGAGGGACUACUCUCAGCUCCUCUGAUCUCAGCACAGAUGGGGCCGCCCUGCGACGACUCCAUAUCAGAACAGUGUCACAUGCCAGAUGACACAGAACCUCAGUAUUUUCCUGUGGAGGACAACUGCAGUCAGUACUGUGAAUGCUCGGACGGAGUCGCUUACCUCCUCAGCUGCGCACCUGGUACGUUCUUCGACGUUCACCUUAAUAUUUGCAACUGGUCAUACCUUGUAGACUGUGGCGAUCGCUCUACGGUAACCAGCACCCCGACCACCAGCACAACUACCACCCCCAGCGUCCGCCCACCACCAACAACAGACGCAUGGGAAGCAUCGACAUUCGCAGAGUACUGAAGCCCCCAUUAAACUCUGAUGUGUUGACGGUGAGCGACUGGGUAUUACCACUCAUAGGAAAAGGAAUUAUCAGGAGAGGAAAGCGCCAAGUCAUUACGGCUAUAUAGCACUUGGAAAAGGUCAGGAUAAGGAUUUGGGAUGAGACGGGGGGAAAGACAUGGUGCUCAACCACUUGUGGACGGUCGGGGAUUGAACGCCAACCUGCAUGAAGCGAAAUCGUCGCUCUUCCGUCCAGCCCAAGUGGUUGGGCUCGCGCAUAGGAAAGAAGAACAUAGUAAUUCCAUCAUUGAACAACAAAUUCGCUUCCAGUCAACAAGAGAGUUAUACAACGCCAUACACCAGCACGCCAUACAUGGCCACACACUAUUGUAGAGCAAUCAUGAACCUUCUUCAUUUUUAUAACAAUAUAUAUAUAUGUAUAAUAAAUCGUUCUGUAAAU